AGAUGUUAACGAUGGAGAAACAGACAGUGAAGCUAAUGAAACACGAGAGAGAUACGGCGGAGGGAUACCAGAGUGCGCAGCUGCGCAGAGCCACUGGACACAGAGCAAAUGCUGUAGUGUUGACAUAUUUCAUUUUUGCUCAAGAUUUUCAAGCGUAUCGCCACUAUGCCGGGAAUGAUGGACAAAGGGUCGGAGUAUCUGGGGAAAGGUCGCUCAAACGGGACGAAAAGCCCGUCGAACGCCUCGAAUGGACAUUUUUCGGACGAGAGCGGCAGCGACGACGAGCACGAUGUGGGCAUGCGUGUGGGGUCCGAUUAUCAAGCAAAUAUCCCCGAGUUUGAUCCAGGCUCCACAAAAUACAGCGAUAAAGACAACGGUGGCAUGUUGGUUUGGUCUCCAUAUCACACAAUAGUUGACUCUAAAUUGGACGAGUACAUUGCAAUUGCGAAAGAAAAGCAUGGAUACAAUGUUGAGCAGGCUCUCGGCAUGCUCUUUUGGCACAAACACAACAUCGAGAAGUCCCUUGCUGAUCUGCCCAACUUCACACCCUUCCCAGAUGAGUGGACGGUGGAGGACAAGGUGUUGUUUGAGCAAGCGUUCAGUUUUCACGGGAAGAGCUUUCAUCGGAUCCAGCAGAUGUUGCCGGACAAAUCCAUAUCCAGUCUUGUGAAGUACUACUAUUCAUGGAAAAAAACACGAUCCCGAACGAGUCUAAUGGACCGACAAGCGCGAAAGCUGGCAAACCGGAAUAAUCCAGAUGAAAGUGAGGAAGAGAUGGAGGAGGCCAACCCCGUUGAGACCAACGACAGUGAUUAUGACCCUACGAAAGAGGCCAAGAAGGAGAGUCAUGCAGAGCCUCAGACGCUGAGCUCCAAAAUUGCUCUGGGCCGGAGAGAGCACCAGACGCUGCAGCACCGUCACCACAGCCAGCGCUCCAAGUGCCGCCCUCCCAAAGGCAUGUACCUCACACAGGAGGACGUGGUGGCCGUGUCCUGCAGCUCCAGCGCCGCUAACUCUGUCCUGCGUCAGCUGGACAUGGAGCUGGUGUCCCUGAAACGACAGGUUCAGAAUGCCAAGCAGUUAAACAGUGGACUUAAGCAGAAGAUUGAAGAUGGCAUUGAUGAGUUCAGACUUCCUGAGUGCACCCAAAAAAUUAAUGCCCGCUGGACAACAGACGAGCAGCUUUUGGCAGUGCAAGGAGUACGAAAGUACGGGAAGGACUUCCAGGCUAUUGCUGAUGUGAUCGGGAAUAAAACGGUGGGGCAGGUGAAGAACUUCUUUGUGAACUAUCGGCGCCGCUUUAACUUGGACGAGGUGCUUCAGGAAUGGGAGGCGGAGCAGGGAACCCCCAACGGAGACGAUGCCAACUCUGGCGAGGAUGGAAAGAACAGCAACAUCUCCUCGGGAAAGAGCACCGAUGAGGAAGAGGAAGAGGGUCAGGUGACCCCAGCCUCGGGUCCGUCUCCUGUAGCCACAUCAGUGUCUCUAACAUCAGCCAGCAGCUCCAGCUCUCUGAACCAGCCUCCACCUCUUCUGCGUCCAUCUCUUCCUGCCACUCCAGCGCUACACCGUCAGCCUCCGCCUCUGCAGCAGCAGGCCCGCUUCCUUCAGCCCCGUCCUGCCCUGAACCAGCCCCCGCCGCUCAUCCGGCCCUCCACCCCCCUCCCUCCGCGCCUCAACCCCCGCCCCACAGCCCCUGUACCCGCGCCGGGCCAGCAGCCGCCCACUCUGGUGGGCAUCCCGUCCGACUCGCCCUCCUCCUCUCUACACUGAGGUGUUUUAUAUUUGUGACAUUGCUGAUGAAGGUAAUAAUUGGUUAGAAGUUCUCGUUGUGAAUACUAGGAAACAAAACAUUGUUUUAAACUGUAUAUAUUAGCUAUGUAACUUUCUAUUUAUUUGAACUGAAUUUUUAUUUUAUUUUAGAUUUUGUAAUCAUGUUGUAACAUUGUACUUUAAAGCGAUGGUUCACCCAAAGAUUAAAAUCUCCCCAUGAUUUACUCGCCCUCAAGCCAUCCUAGGUGUACAUGACUGUCUUGUUUUCAGAUGAGUACGAUCGGAGUUAUAUUAAAGAAUGUCUUGGCUCGUCCAGGUUUUAUAAUGGCAGUGAAUGGCUGUUGAGAUUUUGAAGCCCAAUAAGGUGCGUUCAUCCAUCAUAAAAAGUGCCCAACACGGCACCAGGUGGUUAAUAAAGGCCUUCUGAAGCAAAGAGAUGUUUGUAUAAGGAAAAAAGUUAAAUAGACAAGUUUUGUUUGCAGCAAAGUAAGACCCAGUCUCUUCUUGGUUUAUAUCAAAAUCCUCUGACAUUUUUCUUUUACAAUUCCUCAUUUUGCGCUUCUAAUUCGUUACUGGUGUUUUGUUUUGCUCUCUCCUCUGCGUUUCCACGUUCAUCACUUCUCUCUCGUGAACGUGUGUACGACAGUUAAGGUUACUGUAUAUCAAAUAAAAAAAAAUUCUUGCACAUGCAAUCAGUUUGUUUCAGAAGGCCUUAAUUAACCCGUAGGAAGCACUUUUUAUGAUGGAUGGAUGCACUUUAUUGGGCUUCAAAAUCUCAACAGCCAUUCACUGCCAUUAUAAACCAUGAAAGAGCCAGUACAUUAACUAUAACUCCGAUUGGAUUCAUCUGAAAGAAGACCAUCAUAUACUCGUAGGAUGCCUUGAUGGCGAGUAAAUCACCGGGUAAUUUCCAUUUUUGGGUGAACCAUCGCUUUAGGUCUUCAAAAUAUUGUGUUCUAUCUCCGCACUUUUUCUUGUUGUCCUUCAGUAUCUAUGAUGUAACAGCAGACCUCUUUAAAAUGGUUUUGCUUGUUAUUUUGUUGUUCACCUGUGUCUGUGGUUGAUUAUUAUGUGUUUCAUAUUUUAAUAUUUGGUGCUACAGGCUGACACAAUAUCACCUGUCCAAAUUCUCUUGCCAUCAAAGUGCUCUUAACAAGAAAAUAUAAUCUCAUACUUAAUUGAAAUCAUAGAAAAUUCCUACUGUCAUACCUUUUUUUUAUAACUUUUUUGCCUCGUCUGUUAAUUAUAAUCUAAUCGGGGUUUAUGUAUAAACCUGUUUGACUUGCAGAAUAGUGUAAACACUUUCCACCAGGCGUUAAGCUGUUGAAGUGAGUUGUUUGAUUAGUGGUGUGCUGUUUAAUCAGAAUAUGCAUGUAGCGUUACCCUUCUUCUACCACGUAAAGAGUGCAGUUGAUCAGAUCAUACACACAUGCACAGAGUUUUCCCAUUAAGGUCUAUAUUCUGGUUAAACUUUUAUUCUGAAGGAUGUUUACAUAACCCACAGCUCUGAAGAUUACUGUAUACAAGAAAUGAGAAUUAUCAGAAUAAACUAGUGAACAUUA